AUGGCAUAUGUAAAGGUUGUUAAAAACAAAGCAUAUUUUAAAAGGUACCAAGUGAAAUAUAGAAGAAGAAGAGAGGGAAAAACUGACUAUAGGGCUAGAAAAGCUUUAAUAUUACAAGACAAGAAUAAGUAUAAUGCUCAAAAGCUUCGAUUUGUUGUUCGUAAAACAAAUAGCCAGAUAAUAUGUCAAAUAGCUUGUGCCCAUAUUGAAGGAGAUAAAAUAUUAGCAGAAGCAAAAUCAAAAGAAUUGAUAAGAUAUGGAAUCCCUGUUGGAUUAAAGAAUUAUGCAGCUGCUUAUGCUACCGGUUUAUUGUGUGCUCGUCGUUUUUUAAAAUCUUUAAAUUUAGAUACUCAAUUUGUAGGUGUUGAGAAAGUAACAGGUGAAGAAGAAAAUAAUGAAGAUAAAGAAGAUGAAGAAGGAAGAAAACCAAUAAAAGCAUUUUUAGAUGUUGGUAUAACAAGAACAACAACAGGAAAUCGUGUAUUUGCUGCAUUGAAAGGAGCUUGUGAUGGUGGUUUGAAUAUUCCUCAUGGUAAUAAUAGAUUUCCAGGUUCUAAAAAUGAAUUCAAUCCUGAACAGUUAAGAAAAAAUAUUUUAGGUAUCCAUGUAGCUGAAUAUAUGAAAACAUUACAAGAAGAGGAUAAUGACAAAUAUAAAACUCAUUUCAAUGAUUAUUUGAAAAAUAAUAUCUCAGCUGAUGAUAUCGAGCAAAUGUAUUUAACUGCACAUGAAAAAAUUAGGCAAAAUCCAGAAAAAGAAUCAAAGGAUACAAAGAAUGUUAAAAAAUUUGUAUCUAAGCAUGAAAAACCUAAGAAGCUUAACGCCAAACUUAGAAAAAAGAGAGUCAAGGAAAAGUUGGCUUUAUAUGUCGAAAAAUUACAAUAA